UUCGCGUGUAAUACUAUCAAAGAAUAUGAGGUCUCCGCUUGUUCUUGAUAUUGCAUACGCUAACCAGGCCUGUACAGGCCCUUUGCUGCUGAAAGAUGGAACUCGAUGUGACAUGAACUUGUGUACUAACAUACAAAGAAAUACCCACAAAGAACGAUAUCGCCAUCAUCCCGAAAACUCCAACGCCAUUAUACAAAGAAUAUCCUCCCUCCCCCAAUCCCCAUCAUGCUCUUCUUGGGGAAACCUCAUCAAGAUAAUUAUCAACCUAAGAUCUGGUUGGAAUCAUAAUUAAGCAAGCGCAGUCUCCCAAAGAUCCAGGCCGUUCUAUCUGCCGAUGAAAAGGCUUUCAUUUUCUCAUACAGGGCUAACGAGCUGACGAAACUCAGCGCUAGCCUGUAAACGGACGGCCCAUACACGGAAAAGAUCUGUAUCAUUGUUCCAAUCCAUACCCAACUCUUCAGGGUCAACUGUUGUAGGAGCCACGGUGGGAGCUACUGGCACCGGAAAAUGCGGGCAGUGACUGAAGAGAGCACGUGCAUUGGCGGCGCUCACGAAGCCUAUAGGCUGAUGAAAUUGGUCGGGUUCGGUCGCUUUACGCCCAUGACAGAGUACUUGGUCAAAGAUCCAGAAGCAUUUGCAGGAAUCCCUUUUGUUUCCAUCGUUGAUCUCGUUGUGCACACCGUUAUGAAAGUCGAGUCGUGGAGCAGCCGACAGAUCGCUCCCCUCGAGACGAAUGAAGAGUGCCCGUACUAGAUUUCCAGUCGGCUCGUCUUUGAAAGAACUGACGAAUACAUCGUACAGUUUCUCGUUAUCGCUUAAAUCUUCCCUCAGUUGACGCCGUCCUUCGCUUGAUUCGUCGUCGUUCUUGGAUGGGUUAUCGUUCACAUGACGAUCCACUAAGAACUUUGGAAGCUUCAUGUCUGUGUUUUGGAGCUUUUUUGUGUCAAAGUGACAUUGGUGUUGUUGUUCAAGUCGCUCUUGUCACUUUCAAUUUUCAGAAGCUUCACAACUCUGUCCUCGGCAUCGUCAGGCAUACUACCCAAGGUUUUCUGCGUCAUUGUGUAGAU